UGGGCGGUGCGUGGCGCGGCGCGGGCAGGGUGACCGCGGGCCGGGCGCUUAGUCCCGCCCCCAGAGGAGGCGGGAGAAGAACCGGAGCCUGGCCGCGGGCUGGGCCCCGCCGCAGCUCUCGCUGGCCGGCUGCGUCCUACUGUCCCUUCUCCCGGUGGCCCGGCCCCGGCCGAGCCCAGCCCCCGCCAUGCCGUCCACGGGGCUGUGCGGGGCCGCGCCGCUUGCUGUGCUCGCCUUCUUGAUGCUGGGAGCUUCCCUGGCGCUGGCCGGCGAGGACUGCCUGUGGUACCUGGACCGGAAUGGCUCCUGGCAUCCAGGGUUUAACUGUGAGUUCUUCACCUUCUGCUGCGGAACCUGCUACCAGCGGUACUGCUGCAGGGACCUGACCCUGCUCAUCACAGAGAGGCAGCAGAAGCACUGCCUGGCCUUCAGUCCCAAGACCAUAGCAGGCAUCGCCUCAGCUGUGAUCCUCUUUGUGGCUGUGGUUGCCACCACCAUCUGCUGCUUCCUCUGUUCCUGCUGCUACCUGUACCGCCGGCGCCAGCAGCUGCAGAGCCCAUUUGAAGGCCAGGAGAUUCCGAUGACAGGCUUCCCAGUGCAGCCAGUGUACCCAUACCCCGAGGACCCUAAAGCUGGCCCUGCACCACCACAGCCUGGCUUCAUGUAUCCACCCAGUGGUCCUGCUCCCCAGUAUCCACUGUAUCCAGCUGGGCCCCCUAUUUACAACCCUGCAGCUCCUCCCCCCUAUAUGCCACCACAGCCCUCCUACCCAGGAGCCUGAGCAACCAGCUGUGUGUCUGUUGCCCCUUCAGUGAUGCCAACCUUGGGAGAUGCCCCCAUCCUGUACCUGCAUCUGACCCUGGGGGUGGGAAGGGGUCCUCUUGUCAUCAGGCCCCAGACCAAGCCAAGCUAUGGGCCCGCUUGGAACAGAGCCCCGAAGAGGUGGAACAGGAAUGGAGCUGGAACUAGGCCAUGAUAGAGGGGCGGGUGGGGAGGGCUCGGGAUUGGUGGACUUAUUUUUAUUGGGGGCAAGGGAGGGAGGUGACAGCCUGGGUCACACCCCCUGCUUUCAAAAAAUCCCUCUACUCCCAGGGAUCCCAGACAGGGAAGGUUGGGCCCCUCCUGUUUGCCCACGGGGCAGAGGUGGGGGCAGGGAUGAGGUGCCAUCUGCAGUCAGCAGUAGCCCUCCUCUCUGGCUGCCCCACUGGCAGGGUCCUGGCCUGCUGGAUUAAAGCUGUAAAGAUGUAACUCA